AUGGCCAGGCAACAACGUACUAGAGCUGACAAUGUUGACGAUGCCGGGAUUGCGGACCACCCAGCAGUCCCCCGGGAGCCUGUAGGCCUGCGACUCGUCGCCGCAGACGCUCUUCCACUGCGCAAACACAUGAAAGACAAAAAGAGCGUUGAUGGACCCGAUGAUGGUCCAGACGACGACCUUCUCCGCCCUGGAGGAGUAGUGCAGCAGCGUGGCGGCGAACGCCGUCUUCGCGAGGGCCAGAGAGAGGACGUACUGCGAAUCCAGCGAGGUGCCAAAGUAGUUCCAUUCAAUGGUCGUGGUGGCGAGGGUUCCUCCCGCAGCGAGGAGGAGCAUCCAGCCGGCCGCCAGGGCGUAGUCGUCCCAUCCUGUUUCCCGGGACUUGGCGAUGCGGCAGUAUAG